UCGCUCGUGAUUGAGCGGGGAUUUGAAUCCCGCCCACCGCUCGAAGUCUUCAACCCUAAUCCAAUCUCUGCCCCCGAUGAAUCCAAGGCCCUAGCCUCUUCCCCCUCCCUCGAGCCCGUUCUCCGUCGUCUUCGAGGCCGGGUCCUGCUCGAUUCCCUUCCUCCGGGCUUGUAGUCGUGCCGAGCGAUGGACGCGGGCGGAGGGCCUUUUCGCACCGCCGAGGAUGUCUUCCGCGACUUCAGAGGUCGAAGAGCUGGCAUGAUCAAGGCGCUCACGACUGAUGUCGAGAAGUUCUAUCAGCAGUGCGAUCCAGAGAAAGAGAACUUAUGUCUCUAUGGGCUUCCUACAGAGACUUGGGAAGUAACCUUGCCUGCAGAGGAAGUACCUCCAGAACUUCCUGAGCCUGCCUUGGGAAUUAACUUUGCUAGAGAUGGCAUGGAAGAAAAGGACUGGCUUGCUUUAGUUGCCGUCCACAGUGAUGCAUGGUUACUUUCUGUUGCCUUCUAUUUUGGGGCACGUUUUGGAUUUGAUAAGGAGUCAAGGAGGCGACUUUUCAAUAUGAUUAACAAUCUCCCUACCAUAUAUGAAGUUGUAACUGGAACAACCAAGAAACAGUCCAAGGAAAAGACCUCGAAUAGCAACAGCAAGAACAAGUCGAACUCCAAGACGGUUCAGCAGUCCAGACCGGCCGAGCCCCAGGCCAAGGUUUCAAAGAUGCCUCCAAAAGAAGAUGAGGAUAGUGGUGCAGAGGACGAAGAAGAUGAAGAGGACCACGAGAACACUUUAUGCGGUGCAUGCGGUGACAAUUAUGCUAAUGACGAGUUCUGGAUAUGCUGUGACGUAUGUGAAAAGUGGUUUCAUGGAAAGUGCGUCAAGAUCACACCUGCCCGAGCCGAGCACAUAAAGCAGUACAAGUGUCCCAGUUGCAGCACCAGUAAGAGGGCCAGAGUAUGAAGCAAGAAGUGUUACUAGUUCUUCAUUACGCUAGAACAGUUCCUUGCAAACAGCAGACAUGCAAGUAGGUUGUAGACUUUGUUUCUGUGUCCUUGUUCAGAUUGUAGUUAAUUGGUGCUGUCUGUGUCCAUUUGCACGAGGGCUUGUGUGUUAGAUCAACCUCCAUUUGCAACAUGUAACUUGGUCACGUAAGGUAGGGACUCUCGGAUUUGACCAAGUGUUGUUUUAGAAGGAAAACUAUAUUAGGAUGUGUUUGUUUUA